CGCCAUUCGUCCCGUCUCUCACACACAAAAAAGUGUGAUCCUCCAACCGUCCGUGUGUCUCUCUGUCGCAUUUGCAUUCCCGCUAGCGAGGUGUAGUGCCGAUGCAGCAGUCUUCUACUUCCUUUCUAGAGUGGGGACCUCAUCGCCGAGAGCUGUAGGGCCAUAGGAAGGAAGGCCAAUGUAUAUAAGACGGCCUGCCGUGUUGUUGAUAAUCUCGGUGUCGGUCUUCUUCUGCGUCUGCCUCUCUAUCCUUUUCUUGUAUCAAAGUCGCAGCUUUCGGUUCGCGUGGGAACAGCCAGGCCAUACCGCCACGAUGCACGCGACGUCCUCUACUCAAGCAUUCGUGCUGGCUCUCGCCGCCACCAGCUUGACUGCCGCCGCUCCAGCACCGACUGCGGCUCCGGCCAACAUCGGCUCCUACUGGGGAUUCUGGUCUCCUCGGCCAUGGUCGUCGCCCAAGGCUUCGGGCAUCAAUGUCCAGCUCGGUCCACGGCCUUACUACCUCGUCGACAACAUGGCCCCGAGCGCGCUCAAGACUAAGCUCCAGUCGUGCUCGGAGGGCCCUUUCAAGACAUCUGGCUUCUCCAUCUCUCACCGUGGCGCGCCAUUACAAUUCCCAGAGCACAGCCGACAGGGCUAUGAGGCUGCUAUCCGCAUGGGUGCUGGCAUCAUCGAGUGCGAUGUCUCCUUCACCUCGGACCGCGAGCUCGUCUGCCGUCACUCCAACUGCGACUUGCACUACACCACCGACAUCCUCUCCCGACCCGAGCUGGCCAAGAAGUGUAGCCAACCCUUCCGCCCGGCCAACGCCACCUCGCCAGCGACCGCCAAGUGCUGCACCAGCGACAUCACGCUCAAAGAGUUCAAAAGCCUCUGCGCCGAAAUGGAAGGCAACACCUUCAACGCCAUGAACACCUCCCAAUACAUGGGCCGGAUCGGCGGCACGCCGGACUGGCGCACCAACCUCUACGCCUACACCUGCGCAGAGCCCAUGAGCCUGAAGGACCAGAUCUCCCUCGUGAACCGCUACCCGCAGCUCGGCUUCACCCCGGAAGCCAAGACCCCGGAGAUCCCCAUGCCCUUCCAGGGCAACUACACGCAGACCGACUUCAUCCAGCAGAUCAUCGACACCUUCCGCGCGGCCAACAUCGCGCCCAGCCGCGUCUGGCUGCAGUCCUUCCUGCCGGACGACAUCUUCUACUGGAUCCGCACGAGCCCCGACUUCGCCAGACAGGCCAUCUACCUCGACGAGCGCGCGGACAACGGCACGCAAGGCUACGCCGACGCCGUGGCGUCCCUGCCCGGCCUCGCGGCCAAGGGCGUCAAGAUCAUCGCGCCGUCCAUCUGGCAAUUGGUGCGCCCGGACAACGCGACCGGGAGCAUCGUGCCCUCGUCGUACGCGAUCGCGGCGAAGAAGGCCGGGUUGGAGAUCAUCACCUGGAGUUUCGAUCGGUCCGGUCCGCUUUACAAGGGCGGUGGGUACUACUACACUGGCGUGAACGAUUUGAUCAAGAGGGAUGGCGACGAGUAUGUCGUGAUGGAUGUGGUCGCGCGCCAGGUUGGCGCGUCGAGGAUCUUUUGCGAUUGGCCCGCUGUGGCGACGUAUUAUGCCAAUUGCUUUGGACUUUGAUUCGCGAAGGUGUUGCGCGCUCUCUCUCUCUCUCUAGAGGAUGGAGUUGGUGGGAAUAUGAUAUGAUGUGGAAUCGGAAUGAUGAUCUGCGAGACGAAAAAUUUAUCAUAGAGAAGGUCGAACAGGGGGCGAAAAGAUAGAUUUGAAUGAAUAUAUGCAACAUUUCGAGAAAGACGGAAAGGAAGGAGAAUCCUCAAAUUUUCUUGCUUUUUAUCGCUUCUGGUUUCAUCAUCUAGAUGCAGUUAUGACGUACACGGAAGAUGGAAGGAUGUAAAGCCAAUGUAGAGCAAUGUUUGGGGA